AUGAUGGUCUCACUCAAAUACUUGAUCCAUUUAGCGCUCGCAACAACCGCAGUCCAGUCAUUCUCUCUUUUACACGACGCUGAAGGUUUUGCCAUCUUACCACCAACAGAUGUCGUUUUGAAGAACUUGAAAAGUGCGGGGAAGAAAGAUUCGUUAAGCCACUACGAUGUUGUAAACACUGUUAACGAGAAUGGUGAGAUUGUUCGAGUAAACAUGCACUCCUUUGAAAUUAAGAGUACUGGUAAAUACAAGUACAACUAUGACAAUUCAUGUUAUCGUGAUGAAUCCAAGAGGGAUUUAUUUACUAGAGAGAUUGAAGAUGCUAGUUUGACUCAAUGUUUCAACAAGGAUAAUGAGAUGGAGACAUCUCAAUGUGGAUUUGAUUUCGUUUCUUAUGAUGAUGCUACAAAUUGUGAUUCUUCUACAACCAAGUACUCCUGUGUAUUGGAUGUACAAAAACAGCAAGAUGCCACUUUGAAGUUGAAGGAUAUGGAUGAUAUUCCAGCUCAAGUUAGAUGCUAUCAUAACCUCUCAACCGCUCAAAGUGACAAGGUCACUGGUGGCGCUUGUGCAAAAUAA